AUGCGCCAUAAUCGAAGACGGCAGGGAAAGUUCAAGAUCCCUGAAGAAAAGUUCAACCCAAGCGACCGCUACAGACGUUCUCAUCGUGGACGCCGUGGUCGCCAUGCUCACGUCCGGCAUCGCCCACCGCCGCGUAACGGAAAACGUAAUAGCCCAGAUACAGGAUGUCUACGAUCUUCCAAGCAUACCGAAAACCCAGCCGACAUAGUUCUAGAGCCUCAGCCAGACAAAUCCAAGGUUGUAAGUGACAACUUGACCAAGAAAACCAAGAAUAAUGGCACGACUUGGCGGCGUAUCAGUCAAGGCUUAGGACUCGGGAAAUCCAAAAAGAAAGAACAGAUAGAAGAACAACCACCUGUUGAAGCUGAGGAUGUACCGAAGAAAAAGAGCAAAUGGAAGUUCUGGGCCAAGCAGCCACCUGGUGAUGAUGCUGAGUCUAGUGAGGCUCCCAAGACGUCAGACCCUAAUGACGAGGAACCUAUGUUUUCGGUCACCUCAGAUUCAAGACCAAGCUUACUGGAAGCGCAUGAGGAAGCACCUAUUUCUGUUCACCUACAUGCUGUAAUGAGACGAGUAUCCCAAGGGGAGUGA